AUGAGAGAAUCGUUGUUGUUAAUAUUAAUUUUGUUAUUCAUUCCUUUUUCAUCUUCUGAAGUUCUGAAAGAGAAACGUAAAAUUCUUGUAAUUUCUGUUAAUAUAGCUAAAAGCCAGACAGUAUACAAUGCUAGAAUCUCCACUCUUCUGGCAAAAGCUGGACAUGAUGUUACUCUGCUAGCCAUUAAUCCUUUUGAAGAAGAAGACACGACCGUUAAAGUUGAUCCGAUUGUUAAAGUGAAAAAAAUGGAAGCUCGAUCAGGUUACACCCAGGCGAGCCUUAACGAGCGCCAAUCAGAAUUUAUUUAUAAGGACAUGUCUAUAUUCAAUGUUCAAGCAGUUCGUCAUAGUAUGACUUUAUUCAGUGGAUUUUUACAGAAAAUUUGUGAAGCUCUGGUACAGAACAAGGAAGUACUCGAUUGGCUUAAAGCUGAGAAAUAUGACUUAGCUUUUGUUUACAUGUACCAUCCGUGUCCAAUUGGUAUCGUACAUUAUGCUGAAAUACCAACUUGGAUUUGGCUUAACAGCGGCAUGCUGAUGGAUCAGAUAGCCCAUAUUGUUGGUGUUCCGACGGUCCCAUCAUACGUUCCAACUAUGAUUAUGGAGGCUCAAGAUAAGAUGAACUUCUUUGAGAGAACGAAAAGCUUCAUGGGACAUACACUUGUUAACCUUCUGUUUGAUAGAAUGAUGACAAAUCCAGAAACAGAAUUUUGGAGAAAACACGUUGAUCCUAACUUCCCUCAUAUUGCUGAUCUAUCAAAGGAAUGUCCAUUAGUUAUGGUUAACUCAAAUGAUUUAUAUCAACUUCCUCGUCCAACAUUGGCAAAAGUUAUAAACAUUGGAGGAAUUGGAAUGCAAAUUAAGGACGGCAAGCCUCUGCCAAAGGAUAUGGACGAGCUCUUCCAAAAAGCGAAGGGUGUUAUCUACUUUUCUUUUGGUUCUGUUGCUCCAGCUCAUUUGAUGCCUGAGAGUUGGAAAAUCAGUAUACUACAAGUUGUUUCACGAUUACCGAAUUAUCAAUUUAUUAUGCGAUACGAAAAAGAUGAUCUGAACGACCGUCUACCACAAAAUCUGAAGCUGUUCAAAUGGGUACCCCAAACAGACAUUCUUCAGCAUCCGAAAACAAAAGCUUUCAUUACCCACGGUGGAUACAACAGUUUGCAAGAAACAAUUGCAGCUGGAAAACCCAUGCUGGCAGUUCCACUUUUUGGAGAUCAACCAAAAAAUGCGAUGAUAGCAAAGAAACACGGCAUAGCUGUAGUUAUUUCUAAGUCCCAGAUAGAUAACCCAGAUGUAUUGGAAAGAGGCUUGCUUGAAAUUAUCAACAGCCCUUCGUACGCAGAGAAGGCUCUACGUUUACGUGAGAUGGUUCGACAUCAACCAAUUUCUCCUGAAGAGUUACUGAUCAGAUGGACAGAAUUCACAGCUGAGUUCAAAACAUUGGAAAAUCUUGUGCCAGCCGGGCUCGAACUGAAUUUCUUCCAAUACUACUCUCUUGAUUCCAUUGCUUUCCUUCUAUCAAUUCUGCUUGUCAGUCUAUACAUUAGUUACAAAAUUUUCAGAUUCAUUCUCUCUUUCUGCUUCUCUAAACCAUCGAAGUACAAAAAAGAAUAA